AUGAAUUCCAUUAAGUUUCCCGUACUUGAUCGAACAACAAAAAACUCAGUUAUUUCAACUACGUUAAAUGAUCUUUCAAAUUGGUCAAGACUUUCCAGCCUAUGGCCGCUUCUUUAUGGUACCAGUUGUUGUUUUAUUGAAUUUGCCUCAUUAAUAGGCUCCCGAUUUGACUUUGAUCGUUAUGGGCUAGUACCAAGAUCAAGUCCUAGACAGGCGGACCUUAUUUUAACAGCAGGUACAGUAACAAUGAAAAUGGCUCCUUCUUUAGUGAGAUUAUAUGAACAAAUGCCUGAACCAAAGUAUGUUAUUGCUAUGGGAGCGUGUACAAUUACAGGGGGGAUGUUCAGUACCGAUUCUUAUAGUACUGUUCGAGGGGUUGAUAAGCUAAUUCCUGUAGAUGUCUAUUUGCCGGGUUGUCCACCUAAACCAGAGGCUGUUAUAGACGCUAUAACAAAGCUUCGUAAGAAAAUAGCUAGAGAAAUCUAUAAGGAUCGAAUUAGACCUCAACGGGGUAAUCGGUGUUUUACUACCAAUCACAAGUUUUUUGUUGUACGCAGUACACAGACUGGAAAUUAUGAUCAAGAAUUACUCUAUCCACCAUCAUCUACUUCAGAGAUCUCUACUGAAACAUUUUUUAAAUACAAAAGCCCAGUAUCUUCCCACGAAUUAGUGAAUUAGGGAGGAUUUGAGAGAAUAAGAAAAAAAUCUUCAUAAAUUAGAACUCAUGGUAAAUGUGAAAUACUUAAAUUUAUAUAAAAAAGGUGUGGGGGAAAUAAAAAAGAUGCAGGGCACUUUGUCCGUUUGGCUAGCCAAACGCGGGCUGGUUCAUAGAUCGUUGGGCUUCGAUUACCAAGGAAUAGAGACUUUACAAAUAAAGCCCGAAGAUUGGCAUUCUAUUGCUGUAAUUUUAUAUGUAUAUGGUUACAAUUAUUUACGUUCCCAAUGUGCCUAUGAUGUGGCACCAGGUGGCCUCUUAGCCAGUGUGUAUCAUCUUACGAGAAUAGAAUAUGGUGUCAAUCAAGCGGAAGAAGUUUGCAUAAAAGUAUUUACUCACAGGAGUAAUCCCAGAAUUCCAUCUGUUUUCUGGGUUUGGAAAAGUACGGAUUUUCAAGAACGGGAAUCUUAUGAUAUGUUAGGAAUCACUUAUGAUAGCCAUCCGCGGCUGAAACGGAUCUUAAUGCCCGAAAGUUGGAUAGGGUGGCCUUUACGUAAGGAUUAUAUUGCCCCCAAUUUUUAUGAAAUACAAGAUGCUUAUUGAAUGAUAAAAAAUUUGAAUGAUAAAAAUGAGUCUUAGUUUCUACAACUACGGACCUUCGCGGAAUAUUUUGAAUUCGAGUCGUUUUUAGAUCAAACAAACAGAAGAAUUAAGGUCUUAUUCAUAUUAUUAUAGAUAGCUUAAUCUCCAAUUUGAAAGAUACUUUUUUCCUAAAAGCCGAGCCAAUAGGAUGAACUAAAAAAAAAAAAAAGAGUUCUGCAUUAUGAACUUUGUAUCGCGCACAUAACUUAGUCAACUUUAGUCACAUAACUGGGAAUGAAUAAAUAAGAUUGGAAAGCAAUACAAUAAAUGGGGGGGUUAAAAUUCUAUUUCUAUUGUAUCUAAUCUAAUGAAUCUUGGGGGUAUUUCUGCCCUUCAACGAUAGAUACUAUAGAUAGAUAUAGAUAGAUAGAUAUAGAUCUUUUUUUUUUUACUUUUUUUUAUUCUUUCAACCAGAACUUUCCUUUCGAAUAUGUAUUAGGUAUAAAGUCUUAUACAUUUUUUUUGAACGGAUGGAUCCACAACAUGAACAAAAAAGAGAGGGGGAUAAAGGAUUAUUGCACUUUUUUUACUAAAGAUACGUUUAAUUUGAAGACUAUAAACUUAUCAAAAUUAAUCAAUCCUAUGCCAAGAACCAGAUUUGAACUGGUGACACGAGGAUUUUCAGUCCUCUGCUCUACCAACUGAGCUAUCCCGGCCAUUACCGAAGUAUCAUUCUCAUUUUAUGAGAUGACUUAGGUCUAUGUCAAUUAAAAGAAACGCAAAAGUAGUAAAUGAAAAAAGUUUUGGACCGGGAAUUUAUUGGAUCUUCGAAAAGAAGACUUUCUAAGUUUUAGAAUGAAAAAUUAUUUAGAUUCGAAAUAAUUCAAAUCGAUAGUUCUUUCUCAUUUGUAUAUGUAUGAUAUAUCCCACAAGACUUGUAUAUAAUAAGAAAAGAAAUUCGAGUUUGUAAAAGUGUCGGAUGAAUGAAAAAAGAUCAAUGAAUUCUUGAAUAACUAAAAAAAGGGUAAGGUGUCAAACAGACUUUUUUAGGGAGUAGGGUUGGGGAUAGAGGGACUUGAACCCUCACGAUUUUAAAAGUCAACGGAUUUUCAUCUUACUAUAAAUUUCAUUGUUGUCAGUAUUGACAUGUAGAAUGGGACUCUAUCUUUAUUCUCGUCCGAUUAAUAAGUUCCACCAAGGAUCUAUCAGACUAUGAAGUGAAUCGUUUGAUUCAACACAAGGGAUUGAACUCCAUUUGUUAGAACAGCUUCCAUUGAGUCUCUGCACCUAUCCCGCUUUCUAAACUCUGGUUUGUUCGCGUAACCCAGGAUUUGGCUCAGGAUUGCCCAUUGUUAAUUCCAGGGUUUCUCUGAAUUUGAAAGUUAUCACUUAGUAGGUUUCCAUACCAAGGCUCAAUCCAAUUAAGUCCGUAGCGUCUACCAAUUCCGCCAUAUCCCCCUUUUUGCUUUGAGAUUAGGAUCUCAUUAUGAUGUCUUUCCACUUUUUCUUAUGACGAAACCUUGGAAUUCAUUACAUACAGAUACUUAUUUUAUUUCUUUGGUAUCUUCUUGCAUUUUUUUUAGCCCCAUCCAUAUUGAUUUAGUUUAAUCAACAAAGAUUCUAUCAUUUUUGUAUUUGCAAUUCAAUAUGGUUAUAUAUUAGAGAACAUAUAUAUGUUCUUCCUUUUCUCAUCGUUGUCUUCAAUUUUAAGAAAUAGUCGAACGGUCGAUUCGUUUUUUUUACUUCCAUGAAAAGAAAUUUAUGAUCAUUAUUGAAACUUAGAAUUCUACAAUGUGCAAUGUAAAAAGAUUAUAAGUCUACUUCGUAGAUUUGAAAUUCGAAUAAUUCUAAAAAAGUAUAUUCGAAAUGAAUAUUCGAAUAUUCAUUCUAAUAAUUUAAUUCUAUAAAAUAAUAAAGAAUAUAAAAAGAGAAAAAGUAUCAAAUAAUAAUAAUUGCAUGAGGUUAGAACAAAAAAACCAAGAAUUUCAAAUCAGAUAUCAUUUAACUUUAAAAAAAAAGCUUUCCGGUCUAAUUAAAAUUUUCUUAUUUAGAAACUCAUGAAAUCAAAAUUAGAAAGUCGAUAUAUUGCUAUAUUAUAUUAAUUCAUUAAGGUUUUGUUUUAUUUAUUUAAUGAUAGUCACUAUUUAUUUGAGCUAUAUUCUGUUCUAGAAUAUCGAAAAUAUGAUGAAUUCUAAAUAGAUAAGGAAAAAUAUGAAUAGAAUAGUUAAUUAAUACGAUCUAGUAGUUUAGUGAAUUUGUAUACACUAUUUUAGUUGAGCCCGCUUAGCUCAGAGGUUAGAGCAUCGCAUUUGUAAUGCGAUGGUCAUCGGUUCGAUUCCGAUAGCCGGCUUUUACAUAGUUUUUCAUUUUUUUUACAUGAUUUUUAAUGUACUUUCAAAAAAAAAUAAGAUUGAAAAGACUUCUUUCACCUUUUUCCAAGAGUUACCACGCCAUUUAUAUUAUGUCAUAUAAACUUCCAUAUAGGAAUAUAUAUUGGGGUAAAAGGGUUAGAUCUUGGCAAAAUAAAUGAAGAAAAUAAAGGAAAAUUUUUGUGAUUUAUUGAUUUAUAUAUAUUGUAUAUACAAUAAAAAAAAUCUGUAUAUUGAGAGAAUAUAUCUUCUGACUCUUUGUAUUCCAAUAGUUUAUUGGAGUGGAUUUUACGUUAUUUAUCAUUAUCAUUUAGUUCAGUUUUAAUUUUGUUUAGUUUUUGUACAAUUUCAAUAAAAAAAGGAGUCUUUAUGUCACGUUACCGAGGGCCUCGUUUUAAAAAAAUACGCCGUCUGGGGGCUUUACCGGGACUAACUAGUAAAAGGCCUAGGGCAGGAAGCGAUCUUAGAAACCAAUCACGCUCCGGAAAAAAAUCUCAAUAUCGUAUUCGUUUAGAAGAAAAACAAAAAUUGCGUUUUCAUUAUGGUCUUACAGAACGCCAAUUACUUAAAUAUGUUCGUAUCGCCGGAAAAGCUAAGGGGUCAACGGGUCAAGUUUUAUUACAAUUACUUGAAAUGCGUUUGGAUAACAUCCUUUUUCGGUUGGGUAUGGCUUUGACUAUUCCUCAAGCGCGCCAAUUAGUUAACCAUGGGCAUAUUUUAGUUAAUGGUCGUAUAGUUGAUAUACCAAGUUAUCGAUGCAAACCCCGAGAUAUUAUUACAGUGAAGGAUGAACAAAACUCUAGAACUUUGGUUCAAAAUCUUCUUGAGUCAUCUGCCCCCGAGGAAUUGCCAAACCAUCUGACUCUUCACACAUUCCAAUAUGAAGGGUUAGUCAAUCAAAUAAUAGAUAGGAAAUGCGUCGGUUUGAAAAUAAAUGAAUUGCUUGUCGUAGAAUAUUACUCUCGCCAGACUUAAAAAACCUAAGUGAAGUAAAAAAAAAUCACUAAAAACAAGAGUUCGGACAACUCCCCUUUGCCCGCUUUUUUGAUUAAAACUAAAAAGGGACAAGGUAAGGGAUUUUGUCGGGGAAUCUUUUUCCUAUUCAUGUAUCAUAGAUUGGUAGGGAGGUUUGGAUCCCUUGUUUGCUCUUCCCAGCAUUUUCCAUAGCAAAGAAAUGUAGAUUUUAUAUCUAGAAAAAUUGGAAGUAGAUAGAAUAUUUUUUUAUAAAAAACGAGUCCGCUUUUAUGUUAGUUCGUACUAUAAAAUUCCUUUGUUUGUGAGAAAAUUUUCUCACAAAAGAAAAGUUAAAGGAAAUAAAAAGAGUUAUAGAAUGGAUUACUACCUAUGCCAAGAUCGCGUAUAAAUGGAAAUUUUAUUGAUAAAACCUUUACAAUUGUAGCCGAUAUCUUAUUACGAGUCAUUCCGACAACUUCCGGAGAAAAAGAGGCAUUUACUUAUUACAGAGAUGGUGCGAUUUGAUUAUCAUUAUCAUUUUUUUCUAUUUCUCACCGAUUUGGAAUAGAAAAAAAUGAGUAUUGAAAAAAAUCUACGCUUUUGAAGGUGAAGUUUAUAAUAUAAAAAAGCAAUCCCUUCUGUCAUGUAUCCACGAUUAGUGCAGCCUUAGAUGCUUCAAUUAUGAAUUCUAGUAUUGAGCAAAAGGUUUUUUACCUACGGUUCCCGUAUUACAGAUCAAUCCUACUAGACUAAUACAAUAUACGAAUAGGAGGCACAGGGGAAGAAGCACUACGCCGAGAAAUCAACAACACGAAAACUUUCUUCAAAAAGAUUCCUUUUCUUUCUUCUUCUUUGGGAUUGGGACUAAUUAAAAUGGUUGGAACAAUAAACAUCCAUCUCGUCCGUACUUUGGAUACCCGUAUAACCAUUGAAGACUGUUGAAGUGACUAAUUCCUGGAAAUUUAGGGGCGUUGAGAACAAAGAAAUUGUUAGAGUUUCCUUUUUUAUUUUUAUCUAGUAUGAAUAUGAAUCCACUUGGUAGUAAGAAAAGAUCUUUUACAAGAAGGUUGGCUAGGGAUUUCUUGUAAAAACAUUAGCCCCGCUUAGUUCAUAAUGACAUCAAAUUUUUCCAUAUCCAUAUAUUUAUUAUUUUCAUUAUGCACCUAAAGGAGGAGCCGUAUGAGAUGAAAAUCUCACAUACGGUUCUGAAACGGAGAAUUCGUUAAAGCGAAUGACGACCGUAACGGAUGUCGGCUCAAUCUGAAGGAAAUUAUGCGGAAGCAUUACAGAAUUAUUAUGAAGCUAUGCGACUAGAAAUUGACCCCUAUGAUCGAAGUUAUAUACUCUAUAAUAUAGGCCUUAUCCACACAAGUAAUGGGGAACAUACCAAAGCUUUAGAAUAUUAUUUUCGGGCAUUAGAACGAAACCCCUUUUUACCACAAGCUUUUAAUAAUAUGGCUGUGAUCUGUCAUUACGUGCGACUAUCUCCACUAUAGAAAAAAAGAACGAACAGCUAGUCAAUGAAAUACUAGAAAAAAAAAAAGGCUUUCUACAUAAGCAUCGUCCAAAACGAUUUUUUAUCAGCUGUAGCAAAUAAAUAAACUUCAUGGAUCGAAAUAUGAAGUGAAGACUAGAUAUGCCUAAAUACUUUAUUUUCUAUGGAUAAAAAAAGAUUUAAUUGAUAGAGGAAGCACCGUAAAGAUCAACUGGAAAGGUUUUGGACCGAUACAACAAGAGCUGUUUAUUUAUAUCAUAAUAUGAGAUAAAUCUUAGAAAUCUACUUAUGUAAUAGAGUGGAUCCCCUAAGGUAUUGAGCAGCGGUGUAGCAUCAGAUCCUAAAGACAGUAAGUCUUUUUCUUUUUUAUGAUAUGAAGUAUGAAAAAAAGUCUUUUUCAACGAUUCUAUAUAAAUUUAUAUAUGAAAGCGGGAUAGUUACCUUUCAGAAAAUUCUAAUAUCUAAUAACAGUGGACAUGCCUUUUUUUUUCUGAAGGUAGGAGAAAAGAUAAAACUUAUUAUUAGAUUAAUUAAUAUAUUAAUUAAAUCAAAACGAAAGUUUGAAACUCAUGUAAUUACUCUCUUUUGUUUAAUCCAAGAAAAACCGAAUGAAUAUCUAUAAGAAAUCUCAUUCAAUUAGAUAUAAAGUUAAAGUAGGUUAAAGUGAAAAAAACUGGUACACCAAAACAAAAGAGUUGGUUGUCGAGCCGUAUGAGGUAGGAAACUCUCAAGUACGGUUCUCAGGGAGGGAAUUGACCCGCCUAUUCCGACCGUGGAGAACAGGCCAUUCAACAAGGAGAUUCUGAAAUGGCGGAGGCUUGGUUUGCUCAAGCCGCCGAGUAUUGGAAACAGGCUAUAACGCUUACUCCUGGUAAUUAUAUUGAAGCACAGAAUUGGUUGACGAUCACGAGGCGCUUCGAAUAAGAACUUUUUCUUUGUUUCUUUUUUUUUUAUUCUAUAAUAUAUCUUUAUUUGUUUUUACAAUUAAUUGUUUUUUAGUUUCUUGGCCCUCUCGGUCAAAUAAACCAGAUUCUUUUUUCUAUCAGAAGAACCAAUCCCAGAAAAAAAUUUCAUUAUAUCCUUUUCUCAAAUCGUUCUAUUUAAUCUGGUAUUCUCUAGGGAUAAGUAGUACAUGAAUAUGAGAAUAUCUAUAAUAUCUAUAUCUAGUUUUUUCUAUUUUUUUCUUUUCGACUAUUAAAACGAAUAAAAGGGAUUUGAAAAUGACUAAAUAUCAAUACUAGAAUGUUUCUUAGUAAUGACUAAUAAGCGGUUAUUGAAAUAGGAUAAUAUCCUCUAUUUAAAACAUAAAAAAUAGGCUAUAUUUCGGAACUUAUAAUUGAAAUAUGAAUACACUAGAUUAGGUUAUAAAAAAAAAUUAUUUGUGUACCAAUACUAAUGUAAAGGUGCGAAAACGCUUUUUAA